UAAAAUUUUGCAUCUGCUUCAGAGCUUGUCAAAAAUGGCUUCCUUAUUUCAUUCAUUCCUUUUCAUUUCUUCUCUAAUUUUCUUCAUUUCUCCGUCAACUUCCAAACCACUCCCAUCUCAUCCAAAAUCUCUAGUCCUUUCAAUCACCAAAGACAAAUGGAGUCUUCAACACACCACCCAAAUCAGCCAAAGAACACCGCUUGUCGCCGUCAAAUUAACCGUCGAUCUCGGCGGAAGAUUCAUUUGGACUGAUUGUGAAACCGGCUACUUCUCUUCCUCAUUUAAACCAGUCAAGUGUAACUCACCGAUUUGCUCACUUUCCAACUCAGGCUCAUGCAUUUCCGACUGCGAGCCAAACCCUAAAGCACCCGUCUGCACAAACAGGACAUGCCAACAUCUUCCUGACAACAGAGUUGCAUUCAUUAGCGACACUGGUGAUAUUCGUCAGGAUAUCGUUUCUUUUCGAUCUCUCAAUGGCCGAAACGUCUCCAUCCCUGAUUUUCCUUUCGUUUGCAGCUCAACAUCAGUGCUAGACAAACUUGCCGACGGAGUUACAGGCGUGGCUGGCCUCGGAAGAAGCAACAUUUCUAUUCCGGCUUACUCUUCUUCAGCUUUUGGUUUCUCCAAGAAAUUCUCCAUGUGCCUCAGUUCUUCCACCAAAUCCAACGGUGUGGUAAUCAUCGGCGACGGGCCAUAUCCAACCGGCCUUCUCUAUACUCCGCUUAUUCUGAAUCCUGACGGCGUUACUGCUGCUGCAAUAUACUACGGAGAACCGUCAGCUGACUACUUCAUUGGUCUAAAAUCCAUCAGAUUCAACGGAAAAGAACUCAAAAUAAACAAAACUCUACUCUCCAUUGCACCAGACGGUAGCGGCGGGACUAUGCUCAGCACUAUUCAACCCUACACUACGUUGCAUAGUUCCAUUUAUAAAGUUCUUCUUAAAGCUGUUACCAAGAACCUGAACUUAUGGACUAAAGUUAUCCCACGAAUGCCGGUUCCAUUUGAUGCAUGCUAUAGAACACUCGGCACUGAAGCUUUUGCUAAGGACAUGGCUCCGAUCGACCUGGUGCUGGGAAGUGUGGACGGUAAAAGUGAGGUGAUAUGGAGAAUCUCCGGUGAGAAUUCCAUCGUGACCGUUGAUGUUUUUACGGUGUGUUUUGCAUUUCUCGACGGUGGAACUGAACGAGGAAUAACUAACGUUAUAAUCGGCGGGUAUCAACUAGAAGAAAACUUUUUGCAGUUUGAUAUUGCAAAUUCAAGACUUGGAUUUACCUCUAAUCUUUCAGCUACAAGGAACACAGCUUGCUCUAGCUUAAAUUUAAAAUAAUCAAUUUGAUGUUUUUUUUUAUGUUUUCGAUUAUUUUUCAUAUUCUGCAUCAUGCCAAGUUGUAUUCUUAGAAUGAAUAAAUAAAAUAAUAUUGUGGAUGAUUAUUUUAGUUAAA